ACUUCCGGUUUGUCAAUUUAAUGGUGGAAGGACCGGUGGAGACCCAGGAAAUAAACAAAGGGAAUUACAAGAGUUAUUGAUUCAAAAUAAGGUAAUCGGCUUCACUUAGUUCUGAAAGUGAAAGCUGACCGAGAUCAGUUUACAAAUGCACAGACUAUAAUUUAUAAACCUUUACUAACGCAGUUCACACAUUGUCUUGUUCUAUUGAAUUGUUAAUGCACCAUUCAAUAGACUCAAAUAGAUUAAAUUUAUAUAUUAUAUAGCCUAGAUACUUUGGUCAAAAAUGUAAACAUUUUGUAAAAAUAAACCAAUGGCAUAGUUAAAUAGAGCACAUUUUUUACAGAAUUAUAACACCAAAAUCAUAUUUUUAGCUGUUGUAGUUUUAAAGUUAUGAAUUUUUAAAGUACGACUUGGUUUGUCAUUGUCCUUUUUUAAUGACAACAUGGACUGCAUCUCUACAUUCUGUGACCUCAUUCCGCUGAUCGCAUCAUGCGCAAUGACUAUAUAGUUUAUAAGGCAACGCAUUCCCUUAUCACUUAAAUACUGUUUAGGGUCGACUUAUUUUAAACUUUCAACUUUGGCACAUGAAUAAUUAAUUAAAGCUUUCCCUGACCAAUGGUUUAAUAGCUUUUGCACACGGCAAACUCUUAUGAAUGAAACUCUGAGGUAGUACAAUACAGCCAUUAUGCAAGUGGCUGUGAAUGGUUGCCAAUGACAACGUGUGGCACACCGUAAAUUCUGAUCAUUGAUAAUAUGGACUCUACCUGGUUUUUAAAGCUCAAAUUAAAACAUUUCAGUUUAAAUGUCUUCAAAAUGCAUUCUGCAACACAAGUUAUCAAAUAUUUUGAUGUAAAUAGUGGUAAUAAUUUAAUAUUUCCUAAGUAUUGGCAACUUCCGCCAUUAAAAAAGAGACGUGGCCCACACCAUGUCGAAAUUAGGCUGAGCGAACUGCAUGACUUGCUGCGAACCCGUAGAAACAUGGCGUCUCUCGUUAAACACAUAUCACUGUGAAAAUUGGCAUACAGGUAGAUCAGUACAUGCCUCAGAUCUAUAAAAAAUUUGGUAGUGACAUAUCUUUUAAUUCAACUUAAUUUUAAUGGUGGAAGUUGUCUUAUAUUCAGCAAUGAUCUUCUCAAAGCUGACUGAUUGUAAAUUUAAAAGAAAUUGAUUAAAAUGUAGGCCAAGAUGUCCUCUAAAGCAAAAGGCUGGAAUAGGAACACAAUUCUGGGAUAUAGUAAUUAUUUUAUGAAUGAAAUAGUUCCAACAUCAAAAAAUUAAAAACUCAGAUUUUCGCACGCCGACUCCCAUACAAAUUUUUUAGUAGUUUCACUUGCUUCAUCAAAGUACCCACAGUAUAGGGUCAAAACCCUGGUCCGAUAGGGUCAAAAACAAGGUUAGGGAUAAGUUUAGGGUUCAGGUUGGGUUUAGGAAAGAUUUAGGGUUCAGGUUAGGUUUAGGGAUAAAUUUAGGACAUAUGUUCGUGGGUCGCAGCAACCAAGGUAAAAAAACGAGAUUCUAUUUCUUCACAUUUACCGUUACCUAAGUCUUAAUCAGUACAGUAAUGUAUGAUACUCUGUUGGUAAUGUAUGACAUACUCUUUCAAAUGAGUAGGUACUUAGGUGAAGCAAGGGAGACUUCUAAAAAUUUGGGUAAACAUGGACUUUAUGCGUCAUGACAUUUUACAAAGUCGCCAUCUAGGUUGCCACGACCCGUGACAGUCACAUCAAUAAAAGUUGUACUUCUAAGAUCCUCUUGUCCAACACUGUCAGAGACCUUGGCUUCUAUACUGACAGGAAACUUACAAUGAAUCCCUAUAUCAGCUCUGUGGUCAGGGCUUGUUUCUGUCAUCUACGCACCUUGGGCAGCUGUGUCCUCAACUUAAUAAGAGAACAGCCAGUGCUGUGGCAGUCACUCUAAUCCAAUCAAGAGUGGGGUUUAUCGCAAAACCAAUUUCAGAGACUCCAGAAGUUACAAAAUGCUGCAGCAGGCAUUGUAUUGCUGAUACAGAGAUCUGACCACAUCACCACAGUUCUUAAAGAUCUCCUAUGAAUGAGCGCAUUGACCACAAAAUUCUGUCCAUGGCGUUAGCUGUAAGGAAGGCUCUGCACCUGAAUAUCUUAAAGAACUGAUUUCUAAACACAUAUACUUAAAGAACCUGGACUCUUCAACACAGUGUCCUUACCGAGAGUUCCCAGAGUGGAUGGACACAGAAAGAAGUCAUACAGAGUGCGCUCUUUUGAAUUUAUCGCGCAAAAGUUAUGGAACAGUUUGCCUCAAUUUUUGAGGGAAAUUGAAAACGAUAAAAAAAAUCAAUUAAGAAACAUUUAAAGAAAUUUUUCUUUAAAUAGAUUUAAUAACAUCAGAGCUCUGUGAGCAUGCUAAAAUAGCAUAGAUACAAGCACUAUAUAAGUAUUUAAUCAAUCAAUGGCUGGUGGGGUUAAAAAAAAAGUAACACGUCUGCUAAAGUGGGGAGGGGAAAGGAGAGAAUUAGCUGGUUUGGCAAAGAUAUUAAAAUAAGAGCAAAAUGUUAAUAUCUAAUGAAAUAAUUUUCAGCCGGUAUAUAAAUUUAGGGGCAAACGAAGCUACUUUAUUGUAUCCAACUAAAUAUUUGGCAAGAAGUGUCAACGACAUGUGGUCGUCCCCUUUACUCGUAUAAUUUCAGCUGGUACAAAAAUUUCGUGGCGAGCGUGGCUACUUUGUUGUAUCCAUCUAGAUAUUUUUGGCAAGAAGCGUCAAAGACCUGCGAUCACUCCCUUUUCUGGGGUAAUUUUAGUGGGUACAUGCUCGUUUCCCUCAACUAAAAAGAAGGGCAACUAAAGUUAAAAACAACACAAAGUUUGCGUGAAUCCAGCACAGAAACUUUACAUAAACACGGAAAUAACAUUGGCGCCCGAAAAUCUGAGGUUUUUAUUUUAUGAUGUUGGUGCCAUUUUAUUCAUAAAAGAAUUACUAUAUUCCAUAUCCCACAAUUUUGUUCCUUUUCUGGCCAUUCGCUUAAGAGGACAUCUUGGCCUACAUUUUAAUUGAUUUCUUUUUUAUUUACAAUACAUCAACUUCGAAAAAAUCUUUUGUGAAUGUAAGGCAAUUUUAAUCAUUAAGAUUUAGUCAAAAUUGAAUAUAUGCCCUUUUCAAAUUAUGUCUCUGGGAUAUACAUUGAUUUACCAGUGUGCCUAUUUUCAUAACGCUAUGUGUUUUAUGAGAGAUGCCAUGUUUCCAUGCUUGAGCAGUUUACUAUGUAGGUUGCUCUACCCAACUUCGCUUGGAUGUGACCAAAACCCUUUUUUAAUGGAAGAAGAUGCUGAUACUUAAGAAAUAUUCUAUUAUUAACACCAGUUACAUCAAAAUAUUUGGAUAACUUAUGUUGUAGAGUGAACUUAGACUAGAAGGCAUUUAAACAAGAAUAUUUGAGUCCAUUAAAAUUGAUCAUAAUUUGCAGUGUGCAAAGCAUUGUCAUGGGCAACCAUUCAGUCACUUAUAAUAGCUAUACUACUAUAGUAUCAUUAUCAUAAUUUCAUUCAAAGGAGAUUGUUAUGUUAAAGACCUUUUAAAUCAUUGGUCAGGGAAAGCUUUAAUUAAUUAGUCAUGUGCAAAAGUUGAAAGUUCAAGAUAAGUACUCCCAAACCAGUAUUAUAUUAUUUAUAAAUGUAUAUAAUGUCGGCUAGACUUGGUAAACAGAAAAUCCACAUCAAAGUUAUUAAAUUUACUGAUGAUGGAUUUUAUAUAAGUUACAAUUUAUUUAUAAUUGCAUAAUAGUGUUAAAAUUAAUUUAAAAAUUAGAAAUUUUAAUAAUCAGAGAAGUUGUAUAGAAUUAUCAUAUUAAAACAAGAGCUAUUGCGUGUGAUACAAUCAGCAGAAUUGGGUCACAAAAUGUGGAGGUGCAGUCUAUGGUAAAAAUGUCAAAAAAUUACAAAUGCACUCACAAUUAAAAGUUCAUAGCUCAAAAGUACUAAAGCCAGAAAAUUGUUUCUAGUUUCCUUUUUUACAUUUUGAAAUUCGCUCUAUACAACUGUAAUAUUUUAAAAAAUUUUGUAUAUUUUUACAGAAGUACCUACAAAUGACAGUGUAUAAAAAUUAAAAUGUUGAGUAAUAAUUCUUGGACAAAAUUUUCAAAUUGAAGUUACAGCUUUAAGGCAUAGUUAUUUAGAUAAGGCUUGACAAAAAAAAAACAACCUAAGUUAUGGUAUGUCAAUUCUGAAUACAGUUAUAUGAUUUUUUUUCCUGAAUUAAUUUUGGAUAACUAUUUAAAUUUAAAACAGGAAUUAUGUCAUCAUCUCUUCAACCAAGUGUUGUACAAAGCUCAUUUCUCAGCCCAGAGACUUCAGAGGCAGAGGAAGAAUCAGAUGAGAUCUUUAAUGAACUAAUAAUUGAGGAUCCUAAUGCUAUAGUGAGAUUUUGUAACACUGUCUUUUUUAAGCUUAAUAUUUAUAUAAAUGAAGUUUUGCUCUUCUUAUAUUUCGUACCCUGUUGUUUCCCCAAACAUUUUUGAGCUAGAGCAUUUUUUCAAACUAUGAAUUUCCGGUGUAAACAAAACACCUAGUCAAACAUUACCAAAGUAGUAAAAAGGUUUGGCUGAAUAUGCAUAUACUCUUUUAGAAAUGGUGACAUAUCAUAAUUCUUUUGUUAAACCCUGUGGUCGAUAUGUGUAUCAUACUAUGAGAAACACUGAUUUAGAACAUUCUAGUAUUACCAAUAGUGUCUUAAUUUAUAUAUACAGUGGUACCUCGACACACGAGUGCCCUAACUUACGAGAUGUUUGAUAUACGAGCCGUCAGCUAGCGAUGUUUUGCUUUGAAAUACAAAAACUUUUGAGAUACUAGCAACUGGGUCAGCGGAUUGGCCGACUGCACACGACACACCAGGACAGUUUUUUUUUUUUUUAACUGCCUGUAGGCUGUAGGUGAAAGUGAGGAAAGCAUGGUGAAAAGGCAAUGACCAGUGAAGAGAAAAGCAGUGACAUAAAUUAAGCGAAAGUAACAAAAAAUUGUACAAUUAAGUUCAGUGAAGUUUAGUUAAGUUCCAAUAAGUUUAGGGAUAAAUUGCAGCAUUAAGAGUGUAACGAGUAAGUGAAAUGAAGCGGCCGAAAGAGUUCAGCAUUAACAGUGUAGCGAGUAAGUGAACGAAGUGAAGCUCCUUCACCUAUCUCCUCCACCCUAAACCUCCGCCAGCAUCUUCCGGGGGCUGGAACGGAUUACUGGUAUUUCAAUUAAUUUCAAUGAAGAAAAUUGCUUUGAGAUACGAGCAAAUUGACUUAUGAGCCAGGUUACGGAACGAAUAAAAUUCGUAUCUCGAGUUACCACUGUAUACAUUAAAAUUUAUUUUUAAAUUCUUUUUUGUUAUAACUUACAUUUUUUAUUUCAAUCCAUUUGCAGGACAUAGAUCUUAAUCAUUGUAGGAUAGCAAAGAUAAAAAACUUAGAACAAACAACAUGUGUUGAGGUAAGCAUUUAAAAACAAUUCUUUAAUAAAUCAUAGUUAUCAGUGAACAAAUGUUCUCAUGUAGAAUGAGGAUUUUCCCCGUAAUAACUUUUCAAAAGUUAAUUUAAAACUCUACAAAAGACUUUAAUUACUGAAUCUUAGUGGGAUGUGGGAUUACAAUAGAAUAUAUAUAUUUGUAUGUAAUAUUUUUUCUAUAUUUUUCUUUAGACCCUGUGUUUGCGGCAGAACUUGGUAAAACAGAUAGAAGGUCUGAGUACACUUAUCCAUCUGAGAGAACUUGACUUGUAUGACAAUCAAAUUUCAGAGAUUAUCAAUUUAGAAGCUCUGGUAAACUUAGAGUAAGAAAAAUUCAGUUCUAAAAAUCUCAUGCCAUUCUAGUGCUGAUAACUGCCCAUUUAAAAUAUCUAUUUAAUUUUCCAUAAAUAUUUGGGAAAUAAAUAUAUUUUAAAAUUAUUAAUUUUAGCUGAAUUGCAUUUUUAAUCUUCUAAAAAAGCAUUUAAGCUAUAGAUAACUUAGAACUCCAAUAACCAAUGAUUAUAACUUUCAGUUCAUUUACCUACCCCAACUUUAAAGUGAAUUUAAAAAGAAAAAAACUUACCAUAUAAACUUGUUCUAAAGGCCGAUUUUUUUUUCUGGAAAAAUAUUUAAGGGGAAUAAGUGGGAUUGUUGGCUUAUGAGUGGGUCCCAGGAGAUUUUUAUAAUUUUCUCUAGGUACAUUGGAUAAUCAAUUUCUAAUUAUAGAUAACUGAGGUUGAAGUCUACCAAACAAUAUUUGAAUACUUCAUCAGCAGCUUUAAAUAUUAUAAAAAACAAAGAUAUAGGAAUUCGAUGGUGCCAUUAUUUGCCCACAGUAAUGAUAAGUAGAUAUUAAAAGUCAGUAACAACUCACAAAAGUAUGGCCUUCAUAUCUCGUCUCAUCUCAUGCAUUCUGUUGGUACUGUAUUGGUUUCACUGACAUCUUUUUUUUUUUUUAUGGGGUUGGCUUAUGACCAGGCUAUACAUUUUUUAGACUUACUAUUCCUAAAGGGGAGGGGGUGGGGGGGGGGUCUAGGUUAUGAACAGACCUAAAUUUUUGAAUAUACUUCAUUUUGUCUCAUGCAUUCUGUUGGUACUGUAUUGGUUUCACUGACAUCUUUUUUUUUUUUAUGGGGUUGGCUUAUGACCAGGCUAUACAUUUUUUAGACUUACUAUUCCUAAAGGGGAGGGGGUGGGGGGGGGGUCUAGCUUAUGAACAGACAUAAAUUGUUGAAUAUACUUCAUUUUGCAAAAUGGUGCAGGCAAAGCCUCAUGUAUUCAUGUUGGUCUAUACAAGUUGCUUGGUUAACCAUAUUACUCUCAAAGUUCCAAAUACUUGAGAGCACUAAAAUCCAUAUGUUAACUUAAAAGUGAAGGAAAAGUUAAAAUUGUAUUGAGUCCGGUAACUUUACAUAUUUAUUUAUAUUCUGUUGAAAUAUUUAUCAACAAAUGUUUGUGAACUUACAACUUAGUACUACAGUUAAACUAAAAGGAAUUACUUAUUUAUAUUGUUGUAUCACCUUUCCCAUGCAGACAUCUAGAUUUAUCUUACAACCGCCUGCGAAGGAUUGAAGGCCUACAAACAUUGACCAACUUACGAAAACUGUUUCUUGUCAACAACAAAAUCAGUAAGAUAGAAAAUUUGAAUCACUUGGUACAUCUUGAAAUGUUAGAACUUGGCGAUAACAGAAUUAGGGUAAGUGGCAAUUUUAAAUCGUGUCUACAACACUAUUAUGGUAUAUGGUCUGCAACAAAUUUGAUGUGAACUUGUAGAUUUUGUUGAUGUUAACGCCUCUGAGCUCUUCUGUUAUUAAAUUUAACAGAUUAGUGACUAAAAUAAAAUUGUUACAGUACAAUCCUUGAGAAUUUCAUAACCCCAAAGAAUCCAAUUUUCAGACUUUCUAAUUUAAUUAACAUCUUGCUUGUUUUAUAUACAUAAUAAAUAAAAUAGUAAUACAAUUUUAAAAAGUGUUUAGUGAGCUGAAAGUUCAUUUUUCUAAAAUAAUCUACUCAUAAUUCUACCAUCAUUUUUAAUUAAUCUAAAAAUUAAAAUGAAAAAUAUUAAUUUCGAACAAACUUUUAACUUUUUGCCCUUUAAGACUAUAUUUUGUUAUUACAGAUUGGAAACUAUUAAAUAUGUGAAUUUUUAAUAUUUUUUUUAAGGUUAUAGAGGGCAUAGAUAAGCUAGUGAAUCUGCACAGUCUUUACCUGGGUAAAAACAAAAUAACUAAGCUAGAAGGCUUAGGUACACUCACCCGCUUGUCAUGUCUUAGUGUCCAGGUAAGAAUAGAAGAAGAAAAAGUUAUAAUAGCAGUAAAUAAAAUGUCCAUUUAUAAAUGAUUUGUACUAACUUUUAUUUAGGAUUUUAACAAUAAUAAUAAUUUAAACAUUGAUCUGUCUAUACCAAUUUUUUCAAAGGCACAGAUUCAAAAGUUACAAUAGUAUCUGCUCAUAUUUAUUAUUUCUAAUGAUUUGGCCUACAACAGUUCACCAUUAGAUUGGCGUUCUUGGUAUAACACAGACAAAAUGUCAACUGGCAGCUAAUUCCCACUUUUUGAAUCUUAAUAAUUUAUUGCAUGAGUUUUACAUAGUCAUUAGCAAAUACUUUUUUAUAUCUUAACCAUAGUGGUUUUUAUAAUUUAAAUCAUAUAUGUAUGUUGAAUUACUUUUUUUUUUAAAGAGUAACAGGCUUUUGAAGAUAGAAGGUCUAGAGAACCUGAAUGAAUUAGAUGAGCUAUAUUUAAGUCACAAUGGAGUGGAAAAGAUUGAAGGACUUGAUGCUUGUGUAAGAAUUUAAUAAUUUAUUAUUAGCCAGCUAAUUUAUUUUUCUUACAUCAUGCUGAUUAUGCCAGAGGUGUAGCUAGAGUGUUGGCGCUCGGGGACAAGAUUCUUUUUAAAAAGCCUCCCUUUCUUUUUUUCAACUCUCAAACCCAUUAUUUUCAUCAAUAAAAUAAUAUUGAAGCACAUUUUGGCGCCUCUAACUAGUCUAGCCCCCAUCUGUACAACACCCCCGCCCCCAUUGCUACACCUCUGCAUUAUCCAAGUCAUGUUAAAUUAAAAUCAAUUUUAUUAUUUUAGUACAAGGAGAGUUUUUUUGAUGUCAAAAUUAGCUUUUUGGAUGGUAUUCAGGGGGUAUGCAAUAUUAUGUUUGCAUUUAUCUAUUUUAAAAUGAUUUUUUAAAAUCUUGUAAAUCAUUAAAACAUUAACAAUAACAUACUCAUUUUUAAAAAAAAAGAUUAAAUUAUGCUUUUAUGUUUAAAAAAUUAGAUACAUUUAUGUGCUAAAAAUUAUUUAGAUAGCUUUACCGUUUCUAGAUCUACAUCAAAGAGCAAAGUAAAUAAAUUCUGCUGCAGGAUACUUUUUAAUGGUGAAGAUCAUAAAGAUAAUAUUUUUUCAGUUGUAUACUUAAUUUUUUAGCUGUUGUUGAAGAUUGAUAAAUAUUAUGCACCAAAAGAUAUGAUCUGACGUUAUAAUAGAAGGCAUAUUGCACUACUUUCUACAUGCUGUUGUGAAGAAUCAGCAUCUUAAAGUCUAAUUUUUUAUGUAUGAAACUGUAACAGAAUCAAGUUUUAAUGUAGUGUAUCCUCACAAAAAAUUAUGGCAAGUCAUUGAAAUGUAUAUUUAGGAAUUACAGAUGUUUAAGUUUCUAACAUCAAUGGAUUUUGGGAAAUGUUUAUCUUCUAUUUAAUAUAGCCCAACCUAACACUUUUUACACACCUCCUGAACUACAAAGAAAAUAUUUUUUCUAAAAAGUGUGUACAUGUUAUAAUAGCCUGGGAUUUUUUACAGAGCAUGUGUUACUGUAUCAGUAUAACGUUUCACCUUGCAACAUAUAUAAUCCAAUAUGUGAUUAUCUUAAAAUUUAGUUCUUCUUUCAUGUUUCUUGCCAGUAUUCUGUUGUAUGUUUAUUUAAUUUAUCUACAGACAAAGUUAACCACCCUUGAUCUUGCUGGAAAUAGGAUUAAAAAAAUUGAAAAUAUAUCACAAUUAGAAGAUUUGGCAGAGUUUUGGGUGAGUUGAGAUAUAUGUUUUUUUAGUUUGGGCAUUUUACAUUGAAGUCAGGAUUACCAAACAAAGGUUACCAUAUUUCAUUUUGUUGUUAGUACAAGUAAAUGGAUUUCAGAUAAGGAUUUCAAAGUGAUCAAUUUAUUAAACAGUCUUGAUUAACAUAUUUAAGUUGAGAGGGUUUGUUGAGAAAAUAAAAUAUUAAAAGAUAAUGGCAAAUUUACAUUAAGCUAAUUUUUUGCUGAGAUCAAAUGAUAGUUCAUAUUUAACAUUUAUGCAUUUUUAUAUAACCUUUUUUAAUCUAUUCUUUAAUGCUCUUAAAAAUAUCAUCUUAAGUCACUUUCUUUAUUUCUACCAUUUUUAGUUUAAUGACAAUGCUGUAGAAUCUUGGGAAGAAGUGGAAUCACUGACAAAACUUAAGAAACUGGAGACCGUUUAUCUAGAAAGGAACCCAAUUUAUUUUGACUCUGAAAAACAGAUGGACCCCAACUACAGGAGGAAAGUUAUGCUUACUUUGCCAUGGGUGCGGCAGAUAGAUGCAACAUUAGCCAGGUGAUAACUAUGAACCCAGUUCCACUGAAGAAAAGCAAAUGUGUACAAAUAUUUUAUUUAGGUAAAGCAAUGGGAUUGUGAAAUUGAUGUUUUAGACAGUUUUUGUAACAUAGACCAAAACCCAUUUUGUUGUGCCCUGAUUUGUUGUACUGUGUAGUUGUUGCUAAGAUGUAAAGUUGAUGAAUGCCUAAAACUCUUUUCUGUUAAAAAUUGAUUUUUUAACAGUGCAGUGUAGUUAAAUCAAUCAUUUUAAAAUAUCAAUUUAAAAUGAUGAUGAGCUUUAAAAUAAUUUAUAUUAUGUAUAUUGUAAUUAUAAAUUUAAUUACUUUAAAUAUAUCUUGACCUUGAGGCUGAUGACCAUAAAUAAAUGUCUUAAAUUCUGUUUUGAACCAUGUUUGUGAGCAGUUCAAUUAUUUAUUAUAAAUUUUAUAUAUUUUUUUGGGUUAUUGUUAAUGUAUUAAGAUCAAUGGAUUAAUUUGUUAAUAUUUUAAACUCAUGAAAGAGAGACAGGAGUUUUUAGUUUGGAUGUCAAAAUAUAACUCCAUAAUUAGAAAUUUCAGCUUUUUGAAACAUUUGACUAAUGUAUUGAGGCUAUACUUUGAAGAACUUGUUUUUUUUCAAUAGCCACAUUUUCAAAAUGGAUGUCCUCUUGACAAAUGAACAUAAAAGUAUAUCUAAAAGGCCAAAGUUUAUUUAUUUAAUGUAUAAAAUUUCAAAAUAUUCAAAAUCAGGGGUUUGCUAAUCAUUUAGAAGCUUUUUCUAAAGAGCCAGGAUAUAUUUUUUUGUCUAGUCUGAUUAUUAAAAAAAAAUAGUUGAAAACUCAAUUCUUUGGGAUUUUUAAAGAUCCCUUUUUUUAAAGUUAUUAAAGUUAUUAGAAAAAUUUCUUAGUCUCCACAAAACAAUUUAUUUGUAUUUUUUUAGUUCACCCUUCAUAAAUUGUGAGGAGAGAGGAAAUAUUUGCAGAGUUUUUAUUUGAUUUAGAUUCUAAGUGUCAUGAAUUUUGAUACACAUAAAUGUUAUUUCGCUUCAUCGUCAGUCUUAAUAUCUUUCCACAUUUUCAUUUCUAAAAUUAUAAAUUUUUAACAAUGAUUUCCAUAUAUUUAUGUCAAGUUAUUAUUAAACCUUUCUUUCUUAUACCGGUAUUAAAAACACUUCCUUUUGUUGUUUUUUUUAAAAUUCACAACUCUCUUUAUAGUUGGCAUUAUAUUUUGUAUUGUACAAGCAAAUAAAUUGAUUAAAGUCCAAUAUAAAGUUUAUAGAUAAUAAAAGAUUACAUGUAGAAAUAAAGGAUUACUGCAUUUUAAUUUCAUUUUUUUUUUUACUGUUCACAAAAAAGCAUUGAUUUACUGAAUAUAUAUAAAAAAAUUUUUGUGCUAGAAAAGUACCCAUAAAAUUCAUUGAACAUUUUAAUAUUGUGACUGUCAAGUUAUCAUUGUGCAUUUAGUUUAUUGUAAAAUGAAUGGAAGUAUUUGAGGUUUUCUAAAAAAAAAUUCAGACAAAUGUUAGGUGACUUUGUGUUAUUUUUUUUCACUGUGAUAUUGAUUCAAUUUGAAUAUGGAGUUCCUGCUGACAGUUUAGUUUAGUGAAUAAAAGACUUUC